GACCCGAGGAUCAGCUGACGGAGAGGGAACACGGCUGGUUCGGUUGCUGCAGAGACGAGAGAUAAACACGGAGCUGUGAUCGAUCACAGUGAUCAGACAGACAUGCCGUCGCUUCUGUUCUGCGGGCCGAAGAUGGCUGCGUGCGGGAUCGUGAUCAGCAUCUGGGGGGUGAUCAUGCUGGCGAUGCUGGGGAUCUUCUUCAGCGCCAAGUCGGCCGUUCUGAUCGAGGACGUCCCGUUCACCGAGGAGGACAUCCGUAACGAUAAAAACCCUCCUCAGAACAUCUACGGUUUGUACAACCAGGUCGGCAUCAACUGCUUCAUCGCCGCCGGCAUCUACGUGGCGGUCGGCGCCGUCUCGCUCUGCCAGGUCCGACUCAACAAGCGGCAGGAGUACAUGGUCACAUAGACGACCUCUGACCCCCCGAGGACCACCGCCCGCCACCGUCUGUCCGCGUUUCAGCGUCACACCACUUCCUUUACAUCCGACCAAUCAGCAGUCUCUUAGAUCUGAUUGGUUCAGAUUAAAGAAGUGAGGUCAGAAUAAUUUAUUUUAAAGUUACAACCUUGGAUGUUGUUUGUUGUGAUUGUUUGUUGUAAUCGUUUGUUGUCGUAUGAAACGUUACAUUCCUCUGAACAGGUCAUUCAUGGAGACGUUGGUUCACUUUGGCUUCAGGACUCCUGAUGUUACAUUCAUUUUAUGACAUAAUUAGAUUUUUAAUUAACGAGGAAACGAUUAUAAAUGAGUUCAUCUUCAGUGAACGUUUGUUUUUUCCUGCUGGUUUAAAGACUAAAUAAACUGAGUCUGUUUCAUCGUUUUGUAUUUCCUGUCACUAAUCUUUAUUUAUUUAGUUCCUGUUGAAGCGAAAUGAUCAGAAACAUGAAGAAUAAAUGUCAAUGUGUUCGGUCCGUUUGACGUUGAUGCUGCUGUGGAUCAAAGUGAAACGUGUUUAAUGUUACAAAUAAUGGUGGAAAAUCCUUUGCAAUAAAGUGUGUGUGAAAAAAA